GCACGUUGCCCACUCCCCCUAUUAUAUAUUGCCGAGUAUAGACCUAUUUCUUUCUCAAUCAAUUUUCCACUUUUGUUUACUCUGACCACAGUUGUAGGGUUUUGUUUGACUUAUAAUGUCUGUAAUGGAGAAGUUAGGGGAAGCGAUGCAACAAAAUGAGGAGAAGAAGAAUAGUUUAAGGAAAUCAAUUUUGACGUUAAUGUUGGAAUGGAGGGACUUUGAGAAGGACUUGAAUGUAUCCACCACCUGUUUGAAAGAAUGCUUCAACGAACUCGAAGCCAAAGAGAAGCACUUGACUUCAGUUCAAGAGUCAGUAACGGAUAGUUCUAAGGAACUUGAUUCGAUUAGGGAAUCCAUUGAGAAGAGACGAGAGGAAGUUGAGAAGAAAAAGGAAGAGUUUUGUGCAUACCGCGAAGGGGAAAUUAGGAAUCUUGAAUGCAAGUGGAGGGAUUUGAAUUUGGCCAGAAAAGGGUUUGAUGAGGUUGUGAAAUUGAGAGAGGAAAAGUUGAAUGAGCAGGAGAAGAUGGUGGAACGCUUUUGGGAGGAAAUUGAAUUUGAGCGCAAGCAGCUUGAGGAUCUUAGGGAGUUUGUAGAGAAUAGGUUUAAGGAGGUUAGUAUGAAGGAGAAGGAGUUUGAGGAGCGUUCCAAGGAAUUCGAUAAGAUUCAGAGCUGGAUUCGUGAAGAAACAGAUGCCCUUGAGUUGAAAGAGAGAAAAUUCGAGGAACGAGUGGUAGAAUUUGAAGUUAAGGAAAAGAUUUUGCUGUCGAUGAAGGAGGAGUUUGAGGAGCAGUCAAAGGAAUUCAGCAAGACUCAAAGCAGGAUUCGUGAAGAAACAGAUGCCCUUGAGUUGAAAGAGAGAAAAUUCGACGAACGAGUGGAAGAAUUCGAAAGUAAAGAAAAGAUUUUGCAGUCGAUAGAGAAGGAAAUAGAAACUAAAGGAAGGGGCUUGGAUUCUGCGAGGAAAGAACUUAUGGUAAAGGAAAAUUGUUUGGACAAUGUGAAGAAAGAACUAAGGGUGAAGGAAACUAAGUUAGAUUAUGUGAAAAGGGAACUUAGACAUAAGGAACAUAACCUGGAUUUCAUCCGAAAGAAACUUAGGGAGAAGGAAACUACCUUGGAUUCAGUGGCAAAUGAACUCCGAGGUAAGGUUAACAACUUGGAUUCGGUGAAGAAGCAACUUAGAAUCAUGGAAGACCACCUUUCCUCAGUGAAGAAGGAACUCGAGCUCAAGGACAAGAGUUUGGAUACAACUAAAAAGAAACUUGAACUCCAGGAGCAGGAGUUAACUUCAUUCAAGGAACAAAGAGAGGAACUCAUUGAAGGGCGGUUUAAAGUGCUUGAAAAGAAAGAGAAGCAGCUGGAAACUGUUUGUAAUGCUCGUGUGAAGUCCGAGCCUACUGAUUAUGCAGAAGUGGAUAGAGUUGGUGCUACCACUACUAAGUCUGCUGAAAUAAGAUUUUUUGUUACAAUGGAUGGGAAGAGUUUACAGAUAUACCUGAAUGAGCGCGAGAGGGAGCUGGAUUCUAUGUCUGAUGAAGUUUUUAAAGCUCUUCAAUUGUCUCCGAACCCUGGUCAACUGGUGCUUGAUGCAAUGGAAGGGUUCUAUCCUCCCCACUUGAGGAAGGAAGAAACAGAGUUCGAGGCCAGUGUUGCUAGGCGGAGUUGCAUUCUUCUAUUAGAGCAGUUGAUUAGAGUCUCACCGAAGAUUCAACCCAUUGUGCGGGAAGCAGCAAUGGAACUUGCGAGAGCGUGGAAGGUUAAAAUGAGGGCAACAACUGGGAAUCAAUUAGAGAUCUUGGGCUUCAUGUACCUAUUGGCUUCUUACAGUCUGGUUUCUGCCUUUGAUGCGGAUGAGCUUAUGAGCCUGCUAACUAUUGUUGUUGAGCACAACAAGUCAAAAGACUUGUGUCAUCUUCUUGGUUUCACAGAGAAGAUUUCUUGUUUCAUCCAGAAUCUCAUAGCCAAGCAACAGAAUCUUGAAGCUGUUAAAUUUGCUUUUGCUUUUGAGCUUGUGGACCGUUUCCCACCAAUACCUAUUCUGAAAGAUUAUGUGAAACAUGUUAUGUGGAUUUCGGAGACUGUCCGUAGUAGAGAAACGUGCUCAAUCGAAGAAAAGAUUGAAGCCAUUGAACAGAGUGUAGCUUCUAUUAGAGCUGUUAUCGGAUCCAUUUUGGAUUACAAGCUUCAAUCUCAAUACCCACUUGCUCAGCUUGAAGAGUGUAUAGAAUCUCUCACAAGGCUGAAGGCAGAUGCAACCACAUCAUCUGUCAAUUCUGAGGCUCAAAAGCCACAGCAGAGUCAGGUGAAACAGAUAGCAUCAACUUGUCCAUCUCUUCUCACUGAUACGAGGGCCCUCAGCUCUACUUCAUCCUCUGAAACGGCCUCCACUUGCAAGUUAGGUCAUUCUGAUGCUUUCGCUGCCAUCCUUGUGGGCAUGGGAGGUAAGAAUUUGCAGGCUUUUUUAAAUGAUCAUUGUCAAGAGCUCGAGUUGUUGCGCGUUGAAGUCUCUACAGCUCUUAAACUAUCAACUGACUCGGGGAUGCUUGUGCUGGAAGCACUUGGAGGAUUUUAUCCUCAAAAACCUCAUAAAGAAAAGAUUGAAUGUAAUCGUAGUAUUAUCAGGAAAAGUUGUAUCCUUUUAUUGGAACAAUUGAUUAGAAUCUCUCCAGAUAUUACACCAAAGGCUAAGUUAGAAGCGAGCAAGCUUGCAUCUGACUGGAAAGCAAAGAUGAUAGAUGAAAGAGAAAACCAUCUGGCUAUCUUGGGUUUUCUGCUUCUAGUAGGUGCCUACAGCUUGGCCUCUGCCUUUGAUAAAAAUGAGCUGAAGAGUUUGUGUCGCACUGUAGCACAACAUGCGAAUGUAAUUCAGAUUUGUCAUGUACUUGGUAUUUCUCACUCUAAUGGUGAACCUCUUUCCAACAAUUCGGAAAGGAGAAUCAAGGGUCAGCAUUUAAUAUCUGGUUGUGCUUCGAGUGUUGUCCACGCCGCAUCAGAUCCCGCAAAAAUUGUCUUGGAUGCAUUGAGGAAGUGCUAUUCUGCAGAACGGGAGAAGUCAAAAAAUGAACUUACCAAAAAAAGAAAAAGGGAUAAGUGCAAAAAGUUUUUAUCAGUUAUGACUAGGUUCCCUGAUUUGUUGGAACAGCUGAGAGAAGUUUCUCCAGAAAUAAGACCUCAGGUUAAAACUGAGGCUACUGAGUUUGCAGUUGAGUGGCGAGCAACAUUGAUUGGAUCAUGGGAGGCCAUAGGCUUUUUGCACCUUUUAGCUACUUUUGAACUGUCAUCCUCUUUUGAUUCAGAUGACCUUAUAGGUUUCUUGAAGAUUGUUCAGCAUACCAGCAAGGUAAUGGAUCUGGUCAGAAUCCUCGGGUUAGCUGAUAAGAUUCCAUGCUUUAUCGAAAAUCUUAUCAGGAAAAGGCAAUCGCUGCUGGCAAUCAAAUACAUCUAUGAGUUUGAACUCGUUGACUCGUUUCCACCUGUUCCGCUCCUGAAGAACUAUGUUCAGGGCUCAAUAGUGCUAGCCAAACAAAUACGUUCUGAUGGUAACGAUUCUCGUCAAGCCCAAGAAAAGGCUAUAUUUUAUGAACUAUCUGCACUGAGAGCUGCAGUUAACCGCAUUGUGUUGCACAACCUUCAAUCAGAAUACUCACCUGACCAACUUAGAGCACGUAUUGCCGAACUUGAAAGAGAGAGGGCAAACUUAAGUGUCCCAGAAAAACAUCCAGGCUUUGCUGCUAAGUUCCAAUGUGAUGGGAGAAGCGGAGGAACUCAAUGUGAGCCGAUUUCUCAAGGGCAAAAAACUGUCACCAAAAAGAAUCUUGCCUCAUCUAAUGAGGGUGUUUCUAUCCAGCAGUCCCGACGAAAACGACGGAAAAUGAAGCGCCUUUUACCCCUGCAGACAAAAGAUGCUAACAGUAGCACUCCCCCUAAUUUACAGCUGCACCAUAGCCAAUUCAUGCAACAUAACAGAUCAGAUGCUGCCGCAGGAGGGAUAUUCAGGAAUUAUUCUGGUUGUCAUGACCAUUUCAUGGUUGCUUCAGGUGUGCCACUACCCUUGUUGCCACGGACAAAUCCCUUUUACCAUCAGUAAAAUUCCCUUCCACCUAGUAUUGUAUAUCCCAGUUAUUUUUCUUAGCACAUGUGAGCUUGGAAACUUGUAUAUAUUUAUUUAUGUACACAUAUUUAAGUUUUUGCGUGUUGAUAAGGACCUUGGAAUGAAUGUGUUUA